AACUGCAACACUGGACAACCAACUCAUCUGUCAUCUGAUUGCGCCAUUGUUACCGACUGCUACGCCGGUCAGUUGGCGGUUUGUUGGGCCGGCAAGCGACCUGUGACGCUCGAAACUCGGGUCUCGCUUGCACCUUGUGCUUGUUGAGGCUUCAUAGCCCGUUACAUAGUCGACAUGGAUUGGGAUGAUUCUGAUGAUGAUCUCGUUCGGCCGUUUGAGUACCGUGACCAAGAAGAGCAGGCCGAGGCCUGGUGUAAUCAUCCCGCUCAAGUCCAGAACAAGCAGCUCUUGGCUGAGAAUCUGCGCCUUAAGAAGCUUCUCCGUGAGAACGGCAUCUCCUGGGAUCCUCGGCUGACUCUGGACCCGAACGACCGGACCCGAGGCACAUGGUCCUCACCAUCUCCGCCUUCCAAGAGGAUGCGGACCCGCUCGUCCACGGGCCCGGGGCGGCUUGCCCAUGAGGGUCGGCGACUGCCGACACUGCCCAUGGAGAUCCAACUGUUCAUCCUGGAAUACGCCAUGACCAGCAGAUUCCCCAUCAUCGACCCCCUCUGCACGUUGAGCAAAGACAACAUUACUGCUGAGGAGAGAAGACGGGGAACGCAACUUGCCAUUGGUUUCUUGGCCACCUGCAGAGCCCAUUUUGUCGAAGGGACUCGCUUCUUAUGGCGCAACAACACGUUCAUCUUCACCAGCCACAUCGCUCUACGCAACUUCGCCAACCUCAGUCUCAAACAUCGCAUGGCGAUAAAGCAGAUCACUCUUCGCAUCAUCGCCCGCUACUACGACGAUGAGGAACGGAAACAUUUUGCCCCUUUCCCCUCACCCGGGUAUGCAUACGACAGUCCAAUCACCCUCAAGGUCAUUAAGCGGACUAGGGAAAAGAACCUAGCACGCAAGGGCUUUCGCAGCUACACGUGGGAUCAGGUCGUCGACUUCCUCGAUGCUUUGCGUCCGCCAUUUGACCCCAAUCAUCCUAAGGGACAGCCACGCCCCCGGCUAUUGCCGAAUCUGGAGCGGCUGCGGAUGGAUUUUGUUAACUUCCCCGAUGAGUUUCUCACUCCUCCAAGAGGCACGGCCCUACAUGAUCUCGCUGCUCACGACCUCGGGUGUACGCUGAAUGAAAUCCAACUCACAGGCCUUCCGGAGUGCCACUGGGGCCAGGAAAUGGGCUCGCACCUCUGCGGAAUGGUCAAGGACGAUGGGGUCCGCCUAGACUCUGAUCCCGUCUUCGUCUACUGCCGAAACCAGCUCCGUCCAUUGGCAGGCCGGAAGAGGUGGGAUUCUUUGUGGUAUCCCAGGGUGAUCCGCGCAUGGAAAUUCCUCGCCGAUGAACAUGCUCGCACUAAAGACAAGCCAGCAAGUCCACAGCGCCCCCGUGGCCAUCGCGAUGGACACGCAGGGUCGUACAGAAUGCCGCCGGCUCCAGCAGAAGAAGGGCAUCCCGUGUCUCAGUGGAAGCGACGCCGGACCAUCUGGAAGCGUGUGCCUAUGUCGCAGGAGAGCGGAGAGCGCAUCUGGAACGAGUUUGACCGGCUUACCGGCCUCCCAAUUGACAACGACAACUAUGACUCCGAUGAAGACGAGUAUGAUAUAUCGGAGUUUAUCUGCCCCGGUUGUGGUAUUAUGCAUGGGCCUCCUGGGGAUCACUGAUGCUGUUCUCUCCCCUCAUCUGCUUAUGUCUGUUGGAAUGAUAUAGGCAAUUGGUGCAUCCAGGUGCUUAAUUG